AUGACAGACUCAGAGCCCACAGAGGCUACCUCUCCGGUCCACGAUGAAAGCCUAAAAGAGGGAUUACAAGGGGGCAGUGCAGGCCUGAAAUUCUUGCCAGUCAACCAAUUCGUUUCGCCUGCCGAAAGUACACGACAGCGGGCCUAUCUCUCAUGUGACGCUUGUCGCCAACGCAAAACCCGCUGUGUGCCGUCAGGAAAGGACAAGGACAAACGUCACCCAUGUCAACGAUGUGUCGCUGACAACAAACCCUGUCAUUUCAGGAACUCUAGAGCAGUUGGCGUGCGACGGAGAACUGGAAGUCGAAAGAAAUUGUUUCAACCGGCGAGCCCAAUCCCAUCCGAAGGUACGGAUACCAAUUCGACAGAGCCGACAGUGGAGCCCUACGGUGUAACCGACAUCGCAGCGACUUCGGAGGGCACUGGCCCACCAUUCCAUCCCCAUGCAACAUCGCUGGACUCACCCAGGGACCCAGUGCUUUCGGGGACCCUACAAUCAAUGGAAGAUGUCGGACUUGGCAGCCAGUCAACGUCCACGGCGUCCCCCAAGGGGAAUACUACAGCGGCUGCGCAGCCCACGGCUCGACGCCGGAUCAUCACAACACGCUUACACGAUACGGCCGAUGCCCUCGAUCUUUUAACUCUCACUGCUGCGGGAGUUCAAAGCGAGACACCGCAUACAGCCACGCGAGGAGAUGGUAGUGAUGAUCAGCCGUAUUCAACAUCGGCAUGUUCAGCAGCCAUCUCUAGCGAGUCUUGGCCCCGUGCCACAAACGAGACCGACUGGAAAAAGGUGAUAUUGAUCAAGAAGGGCGUUUUGACAAAGCUUGAGGUGAUUGAAUAUCUCGACUUCUAUUUCAACGUACUCUGGCCGUUGCGUCCCAUUGUACAUGGGUUCUACAGCGAUAGGACCAGAUAUGCACUACUUGCUGUGGAGGAACCACUGCUGCUAACAUGUCUCGUGACUCUGGCGUCUCGAUAUCAUACUCUUCAGGGCCCAUAUGGUCAGAUUCGAUCUGAGCGUAUACACUGGCAGGCCUGGAAAUUCCUUCAAAAGUACCUUCAGUCUGCCCUCUGGGGUUCGCCGCUCACCCGAUCUCCCGGCGCUAUCGUCGCCAUGCUGUUGAUGAUCGAGUGGCACUCGAAAUCCAUCAACAACCCACUUGGUCUGAGUGACAGCGACGAUUACGAACUCUUCAACGUGUCUGGGGCUGGACAGAACUCCACCGACAGUGACGCCGAUACCCUCUCCUCGUCUACGAACCGGCAAAGAUAUGGCAUGACAACGCUCCUCGAAAAGCUCAACAUUGUUGCGCCGGCCUACCGCAGUAACAAAAUGUCAUGGUGA